AUGAACUCUGGGGGUGUUUUAUUGUGGCAGUGUUGCGUGGUUGAUUGGCUGGGCGCUGAUUCUGGAAUACACGAUUGGUGGUUCAGCUGUUGCCCGUGGCAUAUCCCCCAAGUAGUGAUAAGCACUGCCCGCCGAGGGGCAACGGCUAGAGAGCUCGGCAUAGCAAAAGGCAGAGAGAGCUGCAGCAAUCCCGGCUAUCAGAAACGAAAAUUCUUUGUUGUUACUGGGCUCUUGUGUCUUGGAAUAAAGGAGAGCACAUUUGCUCAAGGAAUUGUAACAACAGCCAAUGUGUGUGUCAUGCUAUUUGUCAUAGUAGCUGGCUGUUACCUCGGGUUCAAGACCGGUUGGGUUGGUUAUGAACUUCCAACAGGGUACUUCCCAUUUGGGGUGGAUGGGAUGCUUGCCGGGUCUGCAACUGUCUUCUUUGCCUAUAUCGGGUUUGAUUCAGUUGCCAGCACUGCUGAGGAGGUGAAAAAUCCCCAACGUGAUUUACCGCUCGGUAUUGGUCUUGCGCUCUUCCUUUGCUGCUCUCUCUACAUGAUGGUCUCUGUUGUUAUUGUCGGUUUAGUUCCUUACUAUGCCAUGGAUCCUGACACUCCGAUAUCUUCUGCAUUUUCAAGUCAUGGAAUGCAAUGGGCUGCAUUCGUGAUAACGGUUGGAGCUGUCAUGGCUCUUUGCUCGACACUGAUGGGUUCGCUUCUACCACAGCCUCGAAUUUUAAUGGCAAUGGCUAGGGACGGCCUGCUGCCUCCGAUUUUCUCCGAAGUUAACAAAAGCACUCAGGUUCCUGUUAAAGGGACGGUGGCAACUGGUAUUUGUGCCGCAACAUUGGCGUUCUUCAUGGACGUUUCACAGUUGGCAGGCAUGGUGAGCGUUGGUACACUAAUGGCGUUCACGAUGGUGGCAAUAUCUGUUUUGAUACUCAGAUAUGUUCCACCGGAUGAAGUACCUCUCCCCUCAUCACUUCAGGAGAAGAUCGAUUCUGUUUCCUUUAAAUCUAAUGGGGAGAAUUCAUCUUCCGACAACCUUGGCACGUCCCGUGGCAGCAAGCAGCCUUUACUUUCCAAACCCGAUGCUUCAGUCGAUUAUCCCGUGAUGGAGAAACAAGAAUCUCAAGGGUGUUGGGCUCUAAGUGAAGAGAACAGAAGGAAAGUUGCAGGAUGGAGCAUUAUGUUCACUGUAAUUGGGGCCUUCCUUAUAAGUUACGCCGCAUCGAGUUUGCAAUUCGUUGGGCUUCUCCGGUAUUCUCUGUGUGGUGUUGGUGGACUUCUCCUUCUCGCAGGUUUGAUUGUGCUGACUUUGAUAGAUCAGGAUGAUGCAAGGCACAGUUUCGGGCAUUCCGGAGGCUUCAUCUGCCCGUUUGUCCCUCUCCUGCCUAUCGUCUCCAUUCUCAUCGAUGCUUACCUUUUGAUUAAUCUCGGAGGAGGGCCGUGGGCUCGUGUGUCGGUGUGGCUGCUGAUCGGAGUUCUCGUCUACUUCUUCUACGGCCGAAGGCACAGCUCAUUGCCCGGCGCUGUUUACGUUCCGACAGCUCAUGCCGAGGAGAUAUACCGCGACACGGGAGAUGCGUUGGCCUGAGACUCGGGAAAGAUCAUCGCCAUCACUCGCCUACGACGAUCUCUGUUCUUUAACCGUUUUUAAGUUGGGUUAUGGAGAUUCAAGAAUCAAGGUUCGUCCAUGGAGGAGGACGAGGAGGAAGAAGAUAGUAUUUGGU